AUAAAUCACAUACUUUAAAGUGUUGACUAAUGUAACUUGAAUCUAAUAUGAGAAAAGCUUCUUCCAAAUUAAAAUUUAAUAUAGCUAAACACUAUUGAUGUGGGAGAUUCAAAUUCAGAUUAAACUAUAUUGUGAAUUUGUUAAUAUAUGUUCAUUUCUUCUCCAGGUGUGUCCGGUGUUGGAUCCGAUGAAGUGUCAGUGAUGGAGGGAGAUUCAGUCACUCUAUACACUGGUGUUCAAACAAUCAAACAAUAUGAUAUUAAAUGGUAUUUUAAUGACAUUCGUAUUGCUCAAAUCAAUGGAGAUCUCAGUAAGUUCUGUACAGAUGUUCAGUGUAAUGAAGGCACUGAGAUAUUCAGAGACAGACUGAAGCUGGAUCAUCAGACUGGAUCUCUGACCAUCAUGAACAUCAUAAACGCACACUCUGGACUUUAUGAAUUGAAGAUCAUCAGCAGCAGAGUCAGUGGAAAUAUCUUCACUGUUUCUGUUCAUGGUGUUUCUGCUGCUGAACGAGAUGAAGUGAAGAGAAAGUCAGUGAAGGAGGGAGAAUCUGUUGCUUUACAUCUUGGUGUAAUAAGAAAACCAAGUGAUGUGAUGAUGUGGUAUUAUAAGGACACUCUCAUCGCUGAAAUCACUGGAGAUCAGAGUCAGAUCUGUACAGAUGUUCAGUGUAAAGAGAGAUUCAGAGACAGACUGAAGCUGGAUCAUCAGACUGGAUCUCUGACCAUCACACACACCACAAACACACACUCUGGACUUUAUAAACUACAGAUGAUCUUCAUCAACAGAACCUUCAGCAUCACUAGAGUGAAGAGAUUCAGUGUUUCUGUCAUUGGGUCAGGUCUGUCUCCAGGAGCUGUAGCAGGAAUAUGUGUUAGUGUUCUUCUGCUGGUUUCUGUAGUUGUUGGUGCUGCUGGUGCUGUGAUUUACUAUCGUCACCACGGUACACAUGCAGCAGUACCACAGGAUGUAAGAAUUACAUAUCAGAUGAUUUAA